ACUAGCUGUUGGACAAUGGCAGGGAGUUGGUGUGUUGCUCAGACUCUGGCACUUUGUGUUUGGUUCUGUCAUGCUGUUCCAAAGUGGAGUAAUCUGCACCAAAGUCCUCAAGCUCUGAUGUUCCAGCAAACUGACCCGAGGUUUCAACAGCAAGCUAGUCAGCAGUUUCCUCAGUCAGUUCAAGCUAGUCAACAGAUCCCUCUGUCAGUUCAACGGCAAGCUAGUCAACAGUUUUCUAAGCCAGUUCAACAGCAAACUAGUCAGCGGUUUCUUCAGUCUGUUCAACAGCAAGCUAGUCAACAGUUUCCUCAGCAGUUUCCUCAGUCAGUUCAAUGGCAAGCUAAUCAACAGUAUCCUAAGCCAGUUCAACAGCAAGCUAGUCAACAGUUUUCUAAGCCAGUUCAACAGCAAGCUAGUCAACAGUUCCCUCAGUCUGUUCAACAGCAAGCUAGUCAACAGUUUCCUCAGUCAGUUCAAGCUAGUCAACAGUUCCCUCUGUCAGUUCAACGGCAAGCUAGUCAACAGUUUUCUAAGCCAGUUCAACAGCAAACUAGUCAGCGGUUUCUUCAGUCUGUUCAACAGCAAGCUAGUCAACAGUUUCCUCAGCAGUUUCCUCAGUCAGUUCAAUGGCAAGCUAAUCAACAGUAUCCUAAGCCAGUUCAACAGCAAGCUAGUCAACAGUUUUCUAAGCCAGUUCAACAGCAAGCUAGUCAACAGUUCCCUCAGUCUGUUCAACAGCAAGCUAGUCAACAGUUCCCUCAGUCUGUUCAACAGCAAGCUAGUCAACAGUUUUCUCAGUCUGUUCAACAGACUAGUCAACAGUUCCCUCAGUCUGUUCAACAGCAAGCUAGUCAACAGUUCCCUCAGUCUGUUCAACAGCAAGCUAGUCAACAGUUUUCUCAGUCUGUUCAACAGACUAGUCAACAGUUCCCUCAGUCUGUUCAACAGCAAGCUAGUCAACAGUUCCCUCAGUCUGUUCAACAGCAAGCUAGUCAACAGUUUUCUCAGUCUAUUCAACAGACUAGUCAACAGUUCCCUCAGUCUGUUCAACAGCAAGCUAGUCAACAGUUCCCUCAGUCUGUUCAACAGCAAGCUAGUCAACAGUUCCCUCAGUCUGUUCAACAGCAAGCUAGUCAACAGUUUUCUCAGUCUAUUCAACAGACUAGUCAACAGUUCCCUCAGUCUGUUCAACAGCAAGCUAGUCAACAGUUUCCUCAGUCAGUUCAAGCUAGUCAACCGUUUCCUCAGCAGUUUCAGCCGAAACAGCCAGUGGGAAAGGCAGAGCCCGUUGACAAAUGUGCUAUUGCUGAUUAUGAGCAGAUCCAGUGUGGACCACCUGGUAUCAGUGGUGCUGAGUGUGCAGCUAUUAACUGCUGCUUUAACGGACAGCAGUGUUACUAUGGGAAGGCUGUGACUGUCCAGUGUAUAAGAGAUGGUCAGUUUGUGGUCGUGGUGGCUAGAGAUGUCACGCUGCCUCGUUUGAGCCUGGAUUCAGUCCGUCUCCUGGGUGGAGAUGAUCCAGCUUGCAGUCCUGUGGGAUCCACACCUUUCUUUGCUAUAUACCAGUUCCCUGUCACUGCGUGCGGCACGAGCAUGAUGGAGGACAGUGGAUAUGUGGUGUAUGAAAACAGAAUGACCUCCUCGUAUGAAGUGGGUAUCGGACCACUUGGUUCCAUCACAAGGGACAGCCAUUUUGAGCUUCUCUUCCAGUGUCGGUACUCUGGUACUUCUGUGGAAGCUCUGGUUGUGGAGGUCAACACUGUUCCUCCACCUCCACCAGUAGCUGCUCCUGGACCCCUCAGGGUGGAGCUUAGGCUAGCAAAUGGUCAGUGUGUCACCAAAGGCUGUGCAGAAGGGGACGAGGCGUACACUUCCUACUACAGUGAUGCUGAUUAUCCUGUUACAAAAGUCCUGCGGGAGCCUGUGUAUGUUGAGGUGCACGUUAUGGAGAGGACCGACCCCAACAUUGUCCUGAUGCUGGGACAUUGCUGGGCGACGUCAACCCCCAGUCCACUCAGUCUACCCCAGUGGGACCUUCUGGUUGAUGGAUGCCCUUACCAGGAUGAUCGUUACCUGACCACAUUGGUUCCAGUGACUGGAUCGUCUGGUCUUCAGUUCCCAACCCACUACAAGCGCUUUAUUGUGAAGAUGUUCACAUUUGUUGAUCCAUCGUCACUGGCUCCUCUGCAGGAAACCAUCUUCAUCCACUGUAGUACAGCAGUGUGCCAUCCCUCUUCUGGCUCCUGUGAGCAAAGCUGCACUAGGAAAAGAAGGGACACUCCCAUCAAGACCAUCUCUAGUGGGCAAACUGUGGUGUCUAGUGGAGAAGUUAACCUGGUCAUGUCAAUUUAGAUUUAAUAAAUUGGUGUUGAUGUUCAAUGA